AUGGCGACUUCGUCACCACGCUCAUCGACGAGCUCGACAAGCAGCAGCAGCAGCACCUCCUCGCGCUCCUACCCCGCCUCAUCUGCAACGCCCUCACCAAGACGACAAUCACCCCGCCCCCUCCUCUACAAACUCUACACCUCACACAUACUGUCUACGUGGAAUGCGCGCACUUUUGAAUUUGGCGCUGUCAUCUUCCUUGCGAAAAUCUUCCCCGGAACGCUCUUCUUCGCAAGUUGCUAUGCGCUUUUUCGCUCGCUUGCCGCUGCGCUCCUGGGGUCGUGGAUAGGCGGGCAGGUCGAUGCGAGGGAUAGAUUGUAUGUCGUGAGGCAGAGUAUUCUAUGGCAAAGGCUUUCUGUCGCAGCGAGUUGUGCAGUUUUGGUGGCUAUGUUGGGUUUGGGUGACGUGCAAGAGAAGAAAAAUGCCAGUGGAAUAUCGUAUGGCUUGUUUGCGGUCAGCGCGGUUCUGGCAUGUGUCGAGAAAUUGGCUUUUGUCGCCAACACGGUUUCUGUGGAGAGAGACUGGAUAGUCGUGGUUUCUGAGAGCUUGGGUGCAGAUCGUCAAGAGCUGAAUAGCGUCAUGCGCAGAAUUGAUUUGGUGUGCAAGCUCAUUGCGCCCGUGGGCAUCGGACUCGUGGAUGGGUACUCGACCAAAAUCGCCAUCUGGGUUGUAUUCGCGCAGAAUGCAAUCAGUGUACUGGUGGAGUACUUUGCCAUUGCGAAUGUGUACGCCGCGGUGCCGGAACUUGGUGUUGGCAAAGGCGUCGCGCAGGCUGAAACGAAUAUUGCCACGGAUUCACAACCGCAAGACUCUUCCCACGGGGAUACCGUGUCAAACACGCCUAGCCGACGUUCCACUCUUCUCGCCAAUAUAACCUCACACCUGCAACCCUACCGCGCAUAUAUCGAAAACCCCGCCUUCCUCGCCUCCUUCUCGCUUUCCCUCCUCUAUCUCACUGUCCUGAGCUUUGCAUCGCAAAUGACGACUUACUUGCUCACCCUCGGCUUCACGAGCACGCACGUCUCCAUCAUGCGACUCGUGUCCGUUAUCCUCGAACUUAGCGCCACCGUCGCGGCGCCGUGGCUGAUGAAUAAGAUUGGCGCUGUACGAGCAGGUCUCUGGUUCAUCAACGAACAACUCCUCGCCAUUGCCCUAGCCAUAGGCUUAUUCCACGUCUUCCCUACGAGUACAACACCGAUGUUGGCUGGCGCCGCGCUUGUCCUGGGCGUCUGUCUCUCGCGCCUUGGUCUCUGGGGUUUCGAUCUCAGCGUCCAGUAUCUCGUGCAGGAAGAUGCGCCGCCUGCGUCUCGCGGCUCAUUUUCCGCUAUUGAGAUGUCACUGCAAAACGUCUUUGAGCUCCUCUCUUUCGCGACGACAAUGGUGUGGUGGCGGCCGCAGGACUUUACUAUUCCGAUUUAUAUCAGCGCGGGCGCGAUUGCAUCGAGUGCGGCGUGUUUUGCGGGAUUUGUAAGGCAGAAGAGGGGUCAUUUGUUGCAUACGGAUCGGUGCUUGAAGAGGAUGGGUGGGAAGAAGAGAAGGUAUCAGGUGCUGCCGACUAUUGAGGAGGAGGGGGACUUUGAGCUGGAUGAAAGGAGUGGGCGAUGA